AUGGGUCGACGCGUCUCCAUCUCUCCAUCUACGCCUAGGUCUCGCGCUAUGGACAAGUACGAGCAGUUAGCAGUUGUAGGUGAGGGAUCGUAUGGCGUUGUGUUGAAGUGCCGUCGCCGGGACAAUGGCCAGCUGGUAGCUAUCAAGAAGUUUUUGGAGACGGAAGAUGACGCAGCCGUCAGGAAGAUGGCACUUAGAGAGAUAAGGAUGCUAAAGAAACUCCGCCACGAUCACCUCGUGAAUAUGAUCGAAGUUUUUCGUCGCAAGCGUCGCUUCUACCUUGUGUUUGAAUACCUUGAUCACACGCUGCUUGAUGAGCUGGAAGCAUCAUCGGGCGGUCUCGGGGAAGACGCGGCUAAGAAGCACCUCUACCAAUUGCUGAAGGGAGUGGACUAUUGUCACCAGAAUUCGAUUAUUCACCGUGACGUCAAACCCGAAAAUGUCCUCGUCUCGAAUAAUGGUAUCGUCAAGUUGUGCGAUUUGGGCUUCGCUAGAGCCCUGGCUGCUCCCGGGGAGCCCUACACGGAGUAUGUAGCGACCAGGUGGUACAGAGCUCCUGAAUUACUCGUCGCUGAACACAGAUAUGGUCCAGAAGUAGAUGUAUGGGCGAUUGGAUGUCUCUUCGCUGAAAUGCUAACCGGAGAUCCUCUAUUUCCUGGUGACUCUGACAUCGACCAGCUGGCACACAUUAUCAAAACUGUUGGUAAACUAGCUCCUCGUCACCAGCAAGUAGUGUCCAGGCUAGCUGGUGGUGCAGCGCUUUGCUCUGGUCCCGUUGGCACAAGGAGUAAUCUACCUGGUAUCGGUCUGGCUAAGGAGCUUCUAUCGGCCUCACUUAGAACUGAGCCACGGGCGAGGCCCUCUGCGUCAGCGUUACUACGACAUAAAUACUUUAAUGCUGACGGUUUUGCGGAGAGCUUUAAUGCAGAGCUGAGGAAGAAACUUGGCAAGGGAAUAUCAGAAACGCCCCCUCCUCAAGGAGCUGCAAGAGUGACUGGGAAGCCGAGGCAGCAAUGGACCCUGAAUAUAAUUAAUUCGGUGGAUACAGAAGUUCAAAUGGAGAGCAACGUCACCGAGAAGAAGUCUCAAGCGUCAACCACCACUCAGUCUACGGUACUAGAGGAUGAAGUUGGCUGCUGGUGUCCAUCAACAUUAGCUACCAGCAGGGCAGCACCGUCCAAGGGUCUAGGCAGAGCUAUAAACGAAACUUUUCACACGUUUAACGUUCCUGUAAAUAGUUACCCCAAAACGCCAUACAUCAAGAAAGUAAACAAUAAAUUAGUCAUGGACGAGGAAUUGCUUCGAGGUAGAUCGCUCGCCAAGAAGACGACAAAGAAAUCUCCGCCUGACAUCUCUUUGCCGUAUGUUCCGGGAGCCAGCAACAGUCCUAUGAAGAAAGCGAAGAAGCCUCAAGGGCAUCCUCCCACAAGGAGUCAUGACGCCUGGGAUCAUCAUAAAACCAGCGUCGAUCCAGCACUGAAUCAACGGAAUCCGACCAACCUACCGUACAUGUGA